AAAUAAACCAAUGCUGAUUUCCGCACGGUCGGCUUUUAUCGUUGCACCCCGACAUCCACAUGACAGCGAGCAGCGUGUGUCCUUCUGAGGGUCCAUCAGUAGUGGCUUCUGCGUGAACAAACAGAAAUACAGCUGAUGUGAAAUGAAGCUGUAAAUCCCCCCCGAGGACAGCUAGUGCAGAGUCUCUCUCCACAGCAGGUGAUGAUGAUGUUCCUGCGCUCGCGUUCACUGGCACUGAGCUGCUUCAGAACCUCCAUCAGAGCCUUCAGCUCCAGCCGCGGCGCUGGGAAAGAUGCGUCAGAAGAAAGCGCUCUGGAUCUGGACGCCUGGAAGACGGUGAUGAGGUCUCAAGCGCUGCGGGAGGAGAGCGAGAGCGAGAGUCCGAGUCGCUCGGCGCUGGACGAUAACCGUGAGCUGGUGGAGAUGUGGCAUCAGGCCGGCAAGUUCGUGCCCAAGAACAUCACAGACGAGCAGCUGCAGGAUCUCACUCGGCUCGCGACCAGAUCCGCCAAGAAGAAAUACCUCAAGUUCCUGGCCAUUAAAGAGUCCCACAAGAUCUCCAAGAAAGAGAAGCAGGAGAGGAAGAAAUCCGAGAGAGAAGCGGAAACUGUGACUUUUAAAGUAGGCUACAAUUUGAAAAGCUAUUAAAUAAACAAAAGCAUA